UCUCAAUUAAUUGCAGGUGAGGUUCUUCAUUUUGGAUGAAGCAGAUGGUCUUUUGUCAGCUGGCUAUGGAAAUCAGAUCACAAGAAUGUGGGAGCAGAUUCCUAAGAUCACAAAUGAUGGAAAAAGACUUCAGAUGGUAGUGUGCUCUGCUACUCUUCACUCCUUUGAUGUGAAGAAACUUGCUGAGAAGGUGAUGCACUUCCCAAUCUGGAUUGAUCUUAAAGGACAGGAUAGUGUCCCAGAGACAGUUCAUCAUGUGGUUUGUAAAGUUGACCCAAGGGAGGAUACAACAUGGCAGAGGAAAAGUGAUAAAGUCAAAACCGAUGGUGUCCAUUACGAAGACCCGAUUAGAUGGGGCAGUCAUGACAGGGAGACUCUGUCUGAAGGAGUAAAAAUCCUGAAGAUCGACUAUCUUGUGAAGGCCAUUGCCGAACAUCGUAUGGACCAAGCUAUUUUAUUCUGCCGUACCAAGAUAGAUUGUGAUAAUUGUGAAAAAUACCUGGCAACCCUAGGAGGGGGUCCUCGUGCCCUACCCAACCAUCAGUACUCAUGUGUGUGUCUCCAUGGUGAUAGAAGGCCACCGGAACGAAGAGAAAAUCUCCAAAAAUUCAAGGACAAGAAAGCUAGAUUCCUGAUUUGUACUGAUGUAGCUGCUCGUGGUAUUGAUGUUAAAGGAAUCCCAUUUGUUGUCAAUGUAACAUUACCUGAUGAGAAGCAAAACUAUGUCCAUCGUAUCGGACGUGUUGGCAGAGCUGAGAGGAUGGGUCUAGCUAUUUCACUCGUUUCUACAAUCCCUGAAAAGGUAUGGUACCACUCCUGUCCCAGUCGUGGUAAGAGUUGCCGCAACACUGCCUUGAAGGACCAAGGUGGUUGUUGCAUCUGGUACAACGAGAUGCAGUAUCUAGCUGACAUUGAAGAGCAUCUAGGGGUAACCAUUGAUCAGACGGAUCCCUCCAUGAAAGUAAAAGCUGAUGAGUUUGAUGGCAAGGUGACCUAUGGACAGAAGAGAAAACAUCUCGGGAGUGGCUACAAGGGUCAUGCAGACGACCUGGCGCCGGCAGUAUCUGAGUUACACAACCUAGAGAAGAGAGCUCAGUCAUCCUUCUUACAGUUUUCUGGCAUCGCUUCAUGAAAAGAUAAAGCGAGGAGGGUGUUCCAUAAUCUUUUCCUAAAGUUAAAUAUGACUCUGCGUAUGGCUUAUAUCAAUGUUAACCAACAAAUGUUAGCCCGACAAUUAAAGAAAUUAUGACUGUAUUUCUAUUAAUCUCACUGAAAUUAUGGAAAUUGUUAUGCUCCCCCCCCCAAAAAAAAAAAUUGUUUUAAAACUUUAAAGGAUAGUUUGAAUCAGCAUAUUUCAGUUUAUAAUUCAACCUAUAUGUAUUGCAACCAUGCAUGCAUUUUGCAGGUUGGGUUGUAUUUACAGAUGAAAUUGAUCUAAGAAAUCUUUGGCUUUGCAUAUUCCAUUUGUCCAUUUAAUUGCCAUUUGUAACUUGACAAAAUGCUUGAUGUAACAAA